AAUGACCUCAACAAAAAAACACACACCCGUCAUAAAAAAUCACACUCUCAGGCCAGACCCCACCAAAACCCAGUAUUUAUUAGUAUCACCAGCCACCUUACCCUAUACUAAUACCACCCUUUCUUCGUCACUCUCUAUGAGACAGACAGAGAAACCACAACCAUGGCACUCCUCACCUACCUCGUCCUAGCCCACCUCUUCCUUUCGCUCGCCGCCACCGGAGCAGAAAAAGUCCCGGCCGUCAUCGUGUUCGGAGACUCUUCCGUCGACGCCGGGAACAACAACGUGAUUUCGACGAUCCUGAAGAGCAACUUCGCGCCGUAUGGGAGGGACUUCUACGGCGGCCAGGCCACGGGGCGGUUCUCCAACGGCCGGGUGCCGUCUGAUUUCAUAUCGGAGGCUUUUGGGUUGAGGCCGUUUGUGCCGGCUUACUUGGAUCCGAUGUACAAUAUCUCGGAUUUUGCUGUCGGAGUUAACUUUGCCUCUGCUGGGACUGGCUUUGAUAAUGCCACUUCUGAUGUGCUGUCUGUCAUACCUCUAUGGAAGGAAGUGGAAUACUACAAAGACUACCAAACGAAACUGAGAGCUUAUCUGGGAGACAAGAAGGCCAACACGAUCAUAACUGAGUCUCUCUACCUAACAAGCCUUGGCACAAAUGACUUCUUGGAAAACUACUACACAAUGCGCGACCGUCGGUCCCAUUACACGAUCGAUCAGUUCCAAGAUUUUAUCCUCGGGCUUGCUGAAAAUUUCGUGAAGGAAAUAUACGGGCUUGGGGCUAGGAAAAUAUCCCUGGGGGGGCUUCCUCCAAUGGGUUGCUUGCCAUUGGAGAGGACCACAAAUUUUCUUGGUGGGAAUGGGGAUACAUGUACUGAGACUUAUAACAAUGUGGCCUUGGGGUUCAAUGUGAAGAUGACUGGUUUGGUGGCGAAGCUGAACGAGGAGCUUCCUGGUGCCAAAGUGGUGUUCUCCAAUCCUUACUUCAUUUUCCUGCAGAUUCUUCAGAGACCCGCUUUCUACGGUUUUGACGUUUCCUCAGUUGCUUGUUGUGCCACUGGGAUGUUCGAGAUGGGUUACAUGUGCAACAGAUACACUGCUUUUACUUGCACUGAUGCAAGUAAAUAUGUUUUUUGGGAUGCUUUCCACCCAACGGAGAAAACCAACCGCAUCAUCUCCGAUCAUGUGGUUAAACAUGUUCUUAGUGGUUUCUUUUGAUUUGUUAUUACGUAUCCGUUGUGUAAUUGCAGUACCAACCAUAUUAUGUGGUGGCUAUAUACGUUUGUUGUAUCAAUCACAUUAUCCUCGUUGUUAGUAUUAGAAGUAUCUGUUCAAAGAAGUGAUAUUAGAGUGGUGGUGGCGGCGACGGCGGCGGCGCCAGCGGUUGGCGCUAGUUAUUUUGUUCUAUUGCUGUACUUACUACGGGCGAGUUGUCAAUCUCCAUAUGGAGUUACAUAUUGUGGUUAAAUAAAAAAAAAUUUUGUUUAAA